GUAUGCCUUUGUAACUUUUAAAUUUGCAGCUGAUGCUGAUUGCGCCGUGGUUGACACGCAGCACUUUCCAGGGGUGCAAAGGCAGCUUGCUAUGGGAUUUGCAACGUCGAGAAAAAAGGAUUCAGAUGAGGCAGCGAAAGAUUCGAUGCUUAGCGAUUCGGACCCUUGCAAGGUGUUCGUGGGGGGCAUAAGUGACAGAGAUGGCGAGGAGGAGGUUGGUGACUUCUUCUCGCAGUGGGGUCUUGUCACCCUUGUUUACAGGGACAAAGCCACUUGGGGAUUUGUGCACUUCGCCACCAAAGAGGGCGCAAUGCGGGUCUUGGAAGAGAGCAGCAUUACCUAUCAUCGAAGAAAACUCGACAUCAAGAAAGCCUCCGAGUCGAAAAAGGUGAUGAGCGACGAUGAGAGGCAUGACUUGGUGAAACGAGCCAUAGCGAGGCAUUUCCACAAGAAAUCAGCCCCUCCACACCCAGGCUAUCCUCCUCCAGGAGCUUACUAUCCGCCUCCUCCAGGUUACUAUGGAGCACCGCCUCCAGGCUAUCCUGGCUACCCACCUCCUAGCUAUCAACCGCCUGGAUACCCUCCGCCCCACUAUCCUGCAGCGUAUGGAUCACCGCCUCCAAGCGGCCCUUACGGAGCGCCCCCAGGGUCGAGUCCACCUCCUCGGGAAGGGCAGCAGGCCCUUCCACUUGGAGACGAUCCGUAUAGGGAUCCCAGGGAUCCUUAUAGAGAUCCAUAUCGACCUCCAGAUCCAUAUGCCUAUCCUCCUCGUGAAAGUAGAGAUCCUUAUGCGGGUUCCUGCCUUACGAUGCCUCACAAUGCCUCGAGAUGCCUCAAGGGCCUUGUGCCUGGUUGUGCCUGGUUUUGCCUAGUUGGCACAGCCAAUGCUUGGAGCGAAGCUGUUUUUCAGUGCACUUUCUACGUCUUUCUACCGCACAAAGGUUUUUUCUAA